CUUUCAUCAAGUGGUGAUUUUAUGCAAUGGCAUCAAGCCACAGUUCUUCACCAGUGCCUCAGUCAAACAGCAGUGAUGCUUUCUUUAAAAAGGAAAUGGAUGCCACAAAACGCUUUCGACCGGUGCAGUCACUGCCUGAUGUGUGUCCGAAGGAACCUACAGGCGAUCCCAGUAAUUUAUGUGACAGCCCAUCUUUAGUUGUGGAUCAGCACAGAUGGACUAUUUAUCAUUCCAAAGUCAAUCUCCCAGCAGCACUAAAUGAUCCUAGGUUAGCAAAAAGGGAAUCUGAUUUCUUUACAAAAACAUGGGGAGUGGACUUUGUGGACACUGAAGUCACGCCUUCAUUCUACCUCCCACAGAUCACCAAGGAACAUUUUGCAUUAUACCAACAGGAAAUCACUCCGAGAGAGAAGGUUCAUGAAAGAUGCAAGAAUAUUUAUACUCCUAAAGAUACCUUUGACAGGACUCUAUUACACACCCACGAUAAAUCCAGGACAGAUCUGGAACAAGUACCUAAGAUUUUUAUGAAACCAGAUUUUGCCUUGGAAGAUUCCUUAACAUUUAAUGCCGUUUUACCAUGGUCUCAUUUUAGUACUGCUGGUGGAAAAGGAAAUCGUGAUGCAGCUUCCUCCAAGUUACUUCAAGAAAAGCUGAGCCAUUAUCUGGACAUUGUGGAAGUCAAUAUUGCUCAUCAGAUUUCUCUGCGCUCAGAAGCAUUUUUUCAUGCAAUGACCUCUCAGCAUGAGUUGCAGGACUACCUCAGGAAAACCUCCCAGGCUGUAAAAUUACUUAGAGAAAAAAUCUCCAAAAUUGAUAAAGUAAUGUGUGAAGGAUCACUUCGAGUUUUAAGACUAUCACUCACCAGAAAUAACUGUAUAAAAGCAUACAAUAAAUUGAAGUUAAUGGCUACUGUACACCAAACACAGCCCACAGUGCAGUUGCUGCUGUCCACUUCUGAGUUUGUUGGAGCUUUGGACUUAAUAGCAACAACACAGGAGGUGUUACAGCAAGAGCUUCAAGGCAUUCACAGUUUCCGGCAUCUUGGCUCACAGCUUUGUGAACUGGAAAAGCUGAUAGAUAAAAUGAUGAUUGCAGAGUUUUCAACUUAUGCUCGCAAUGAUUUAAAUAGACCCCUAGAAGAUGAUUGCCAAAUUCUAGAAGAGGAGAGACUUGUAUCACUAGUAUUUGGACUUUUAAAACAAAGAAAGCUAAAUUUUUAUGAAAUAUAUGGAGAUGAAAUGAUUAUCACUGCAAAGAACAUCAUUAAACAGUGUGUGGUUAAUACGGUAUCACAGAUAGAAGAAAUAGAUACAGACGUGGUUGUUAAGCUUGCAGACCAGAUGAGGAUGAUGAAUUUUCCUCAGUGGUUUGAUUUACUGAAGAAUAUUUUUUCUAAGUUUACUAUCUUCCUCAAGAGAAUAAAGGCAACGUUAAAUACUAUCCGUAGCGUGGUUUUCUUGGUUCUAGACAAGAACCAAAAAACCACAGACCUGGAGGACACCUUACAAAAGAACUCUGCUAAAGACAGUACGGUGGACACAGAAGUGGCUUACCUGACUCAUGAAGGCAUGUUUAUAAGCGAUGCAUUCAGCGAAGGGGACCUCCCGCCUGUAGCAGCUGACACUACCUCUCAAAGAAACACUUCCCCUAACAGUGAGCCCUGUAGCAGUGAUUCGGUCUCUGAACCAGAGUGUACUACCGAUUCCUCAUCCAGCAAAGAGCAAACAUCGUCUUCUGUCACUCCAGGGGGAGUAGAGAUGAUGAUCAGUGAUGACAUGAAGCUGACUGACCUGGAACUGGUCAGGCUGGCAAACAGUAUACAAGAGUUGCUUUAUAAUGCCUCUGAUAUCUGCCAUGAUCGUUCAGUCAAGUUCCUCAUGGCAAGAGCAAAGGAUGGCUUCCUGGAGAAGCUGAAUUCCAAUGAGUUUGUUGCUCUUUCUCGCUUGAUGGAAGGCUUUAUCUUAGAUACUGAGCAGAUCUGUGGCAGGAAAAGUAUGUCCUUGCGAGGAGCACUUCAGAGUCAAGCGAAUAGAUUUGUGAAUAGAUUCCAUGAGGAGAGGAAGACGAAACUAAGCCUACUCUUGGAUAAUGAGCGCUGGAAGCAAGCUGAAGUUCCUGCCGAGUUUCAGGAUCUUGUCGAUUCGGUGUCACAUGGCAGAAUUUCUCUCCCUGAAAAAAAACCAGCAGCUACCGAAGAAAGAAAGCCAACUGAUUUCCUUAUUGUUGAAGGACAAAAAUAUGCAACAGUUGGGACAGUAUUGCUGUUAAUAAGAAUAAUCCUCGAGUACUGCCAGUGUGUGGAUAACAUUCCUUCCAUCACCACUGACAUGCUUACCCGCCUGUCUGAUUUACUGAAGUAUUUCAACUCUAGAAGUUGCCAACUAGUGCUUGGAGCUGGUGCAUUACAAGUUGUUGGUUUGAAAACAAUCACUACAAAAAACCUAGCCCUUUCUUCACGUUGCCUACAGCUAAUCGUACACUACAUUCCUAUUAUCAGGGCUCAUUUUGAAGCUCGACUGCAGCCGAAGCAGUUUAGCAUGCUCAGGCAUUUUGACCACAUUACGAAGGAUUAUCAUGACCACAUAGCUGAAAUUUCAGCAAAGCUUGUUGCCAUAAUGGAUAGCUUAUUUGACAAACUAUUAUCCAAGUAUGAAGUGAAAGCUCCUGUUCCUUCAGCAUGCUUCAGGAAUAUCUGCAAGCAAAUGGCAAAGAUGCAUGAAGCUAUAUAUGAUCUCCUUCCUGAGGAGCAAACUCAGAUGUUGUUUUUACGAAUUAACGCAAGUUACAAACUUCACCUGAAGAGGCAGCUUGCUCACCUAAAUGUAGUCAAUGAUGGAGGACCUCUGAAUGGACUGGUUACUUCUGAUGUAGCGUUUUACACUGGAAACCUUCAAGCUCUGAAAGGCCUUAACAACUUAGACCUAAACAUGGCUGAAAUUUGGGAGCAGAAGAGGUGAUAAUCCACUGGGAGCAGUCACUUGGCUCUGACAACAGACCGACUUUCUUCUAAGCAGCGUGAUGACUGUGAGGUGAAUACUUAAGACCCGGAGUCCAAGAAAGGACACUAUUGAUAGUUGGGGAAACUAGACUCAGAGUGAGCUGCAGGGAGUGAUCUUCUCAGUGUCCUUCAGCAAGAAACAAGUGAUCAGCUGUCUGUGCAAUGGUUUGUUUUUUUUUUCAUUCUCUCUGGAAACAGACUCAGGUUUCUUUGGACCAAAUCCAAAAGAACACAUAGCUGUAACACAGCUGUAGUUGUCUAGAAUGCUCUGUAUAUCUUUAUAUUAAAAAGAUGCUUUGCAUUUCUUCUAGUGCAAUG